AUGUCAGUUGUGCAAAAUAAAAAAUGUGGUAAAUGUGAAAAAAUUGUCUAUCCAACUGAAGAAAUCAAAUGUCUUGACAAAUUUUGGCAUAAAGGAUGUUUAAAAUGUACAGUAUGUGGAAUGACUCUUAAUGUUAAAAAUGUCAAAGGUUAUGAAAAAAUGCCUUAUUGUCAUGUACAUUAUCCACAACCAAAACCAACAGUUGUUGUUGACAAUCCCGAAAUGCAACGUAUUCGAUUAUUAACAGAUAUUCAAAGCAAUGCUAAAUAUCAUGAAGAUUUUAAUAAAAGUAAAGGAAAAUUUACAGUAGUAGCCGAUGAUCCAGCAUUAACACGAGCCAAAGAACAUCAACGUAUUGUUAGUCAAGCUGAAUAUACUGGUAAACGAAAAGAUAGUUCAUCACAAAUACUUUCUCAUGAUACUAAUCAAUAUAAUAAUAAUAAUGGUACUAAUCGUGGAGGACAUAUUUCAUCAGAAUCAAGAGUAGGUCGUGUUGCGGAUUAUGAUCCAAUAAAUGAUAAUCGUGGUUCGUUAUCACGUGGUUAUGAACCAACAUCAAAAGCUAUGCAAACAACCAAAUUUGAAAUAAAUACAUAUAAAUCUGAUAAUAAUAAUGGAAAUAAUACUCAACAUGGUUCUCAUAUUGAUGGACAAACAACAUUAAUGAAAGUUCGUGCACUUUAUUCAUAUACAGCAGCUGAAUCUGAUGAAAUAAGUUUUAUGGAAGGUGAUACAAUAAUUGAUUGUGAACAUAUUGAUGCCGGUUGGAUGUUAGGACGUCAUCCAGUAACAGGCAAACAAGGUUUACUUCCAUCAAAUUAUGUUGAAAUAAUUGGUUGA